AUGGAGGCGAUCGCCGAGCACGAUUUUCAAGCUGGUCCGAACAAUGAGCUUUCUUUUCGACGUGGCAAUAUUCUGAAAGUUCUCAACAAAGAUGAAGAUCCGCAUUGGUUCAAAGCUGAACUGGAUGGUCAUGAAGGAUUCAUCCCAUCGAAUUUCAUUCGAAUGAGGGAGUGCCCAUGGUACCUCGGAAAAAUAACCAGAAACGACGCGGAAGUGCUACUGAAACGAAAAAAUGUAAAAGAUGGUAAUUUCUUGGUUCGACAAUGUGAGAGCAGUCCGGGAGAGUUUUCAGUCAGUGUUCGAUUCCAAGACUCCAUCCAACACUUCAAAGUCCUGCGCGAUAAAGGCGGAAAAUACUAUCUGUGGACCGAAAAACACAAUUCAUUGAACGAAACAGCGUCUGUUUCGAGGACCCACACAUUACUAUUAUCGGAUAUGACCAUUGAGGUGAAAUUCGUUCAGGCGCUUUUUGAUUUCAACCCACAAGAAAGUGAAGAGUUGGCUUUCAAGAGAGGAGAUGUUAUUAUUUUAAUCGACAAAACUGAUUCGAACUGGUGGGAAGGACAACUCAACAAUCGACGAGGCAUCUUCCCAUCGAACUAUGUCACCCAUCUACAGUAA